UUAAGCUCUUAGCGCGCUGCUUUAGACGGUUGCGCAACGAGAUGUCUUAUUCUGAAGCGGAUGCAAUUAAGAAGUUGCAAGGUCUAGAUAAUUCUCAAAUUUCGGUAGAAAGCACAUCCCAGUGGUUUUUAAGUAAUAAACAAAUGGCCAAAGACUUGGUCAAGCUCUGGUUUAAAGAGUUUCGCAAAGCUGCUCCUAAGAAGAAAAUCGCUUUUCUGCAUCUGGCUAACGAUGUUAUACAAAGGGGUAUAACUACAGCUCCUCAGUUCAAGAAAUUGUUUGAACCAGUUUUACCUACGGCGUUUAAAGAAACAUCAAAAGUACAGCGUCAUUCAGUGCGUUCAUCUGUCGCUCAUCUUUUAAUCGUAUGGGCUACUCGUCGAGUGUAUUCUAAGAGUUUUCUUAGACAGUUACGUUUUAUAUGCCAACGAGCGGUUGCUGAAGCAGAUACGCCAGAUGCUAGUGAAGAGAUUAAACGUAACAUCAUUGCUGCAUCACCAUUCGCUUUCUCAUUCACAGCAGUUUUGACAAAUUCAUCAGGAUUAUCAGGGAACAAAGAAUCAUCUGUGGCUGGUAAUAAUCUUCAUACACCCAAGUUAAUUGACAAUAACAAACUGAAUCGUAAACGACACCGUUCUUCAACUACAAAAGACAUCUCAACGGCUCCAAUAUGCUUUGACCCUAAAAAUUAUGGAGAUAGUAAUAUGUCCCGUAAUUCAAUUUCUGCAUUCCGUGAAGAGUUAGACCUUGAACUACAAACUGAGGCUACCGAACCUCCAAAGGUCAGUGAACUUAUUCAACUUUUAGAAACUCUUCAAUCAGCUGCUUCUGCUGAUGCUGCUACACGCCGUGAAAUAGCACAAUUCCCGCCGGAAGUUUCUGAUCCUAAUAAAGCAAUGGAAAUUAUGAAGUCGUCAUCUGAACAAGAACAACAAGCAUUAAUAGAACUUAUCAGUAAAUGUUCCUCUCGACUAGAUGUCUACAAUCAAUUGUUAGAAGAAGAAACAACUAAACGUAACCAGUUAGCUCUUCAAUUACGUGCUUUUCAUAGUCAUUUGAACGAACGAAUUUUACAGGCUAAGAUUGAAGUCGAUGACUUGAAGUCGAAAUUAGAUCAUGGUCACUCAUUAAAAAGUGAACUGAAUAAACAUAUUUUAAAUCUCCCUGAUCUGCAUCUUCUACCUGAUAUGACAAAUUUCGGUUUAGAUCCGUUACCAACAGUUGGUGAUCUAUUCGGUUAAAUUUCUAGUCUCAAGUUAUGUAAUCAUCAGUUCAUGUAGCAUUGUCUAUCUUCCUUCUUGACUUACUUUUCUAUGUAUAUCAGUCCAAUGUAUAAAGCUUAACAUUUUGUAAAUAUAAAUUUUAUUUCUAGUAAUAUGAAUUGUGUUUUUCCCCCGAGUUUAUAUUAUAUGAUAUAUGUUCAGCUCCUCUUCAAUUUCUUUCACGUGUAUGUAUGAUUGAAUGAAUGAAUAUGUGUAUGAAACAGUUCAUUCAAGUUGUACACCAUUAUUUCAUUGGUGAUUUCUUUUCUUUCAAUAGAGAAAUGUAUUUAAGACUUUCUUUAUUAUUUCAAGAGCUCUACUUGACAAUUCAGUUUAAUAAAGUAGAAGUCUACUUUUGAAUAACUUUGCCAAUAUUGUUUAACUCCAAUUAGUACCUAAUACGGAGUAUAAUUAAAACGAACUAUCACUGGCUUUCAGUUUAUUUUGAAAACACUAGUUAAUAUUUUUGGUUGAAAUGGGAAAAAAAAUCUUUUUAAGGGUAAGCACAUUACACUAGUUUUCUAUAUAGUUCCCUAAACUAUGAAAUCCUACACAAAUGACUUUAACUUCUAAAUAAUGAUUGUCUGAUUAGGAUUUCAGUUUACGGCUUACUACUGGUUUAAAUUAAAAUCUAUUGGUAACUAAAUUCUGCGGUAAAAGUAUACUAUACUGACGACCUUGGACAAAUUUUCACUCAAUAAGGAAAUGCUGACUAGUUAUAAAACAAUUAGCAAUACAAACCAGUGAAAUAACAGAGGAGUAAUAGCUUUAAUCUGAAUAAUUAAACAUCUCCAAACCAUAAUCUUUCCGAUUGCUGCUUAUACUUUUACUGUCUCUACCACUACGGGAUUUGAAUCGACAACUGCAUC